AUGGUGGUGGUGGUGGUGGUGGUGGUGGUGGUGGUGGUGGUCGCGACGGUGCGCGGCGGCCGGCGGUGGAGCGCGGAGCGAGCCUACCUGCGGCCGGCGCUGGGCAGGCCCCACCUGCGCGUCCUCACCGGAGCGACGGCCACCCGGCUCAUCAUCGACCCGGCCACCAACUCCACGCGCGGCGUCUGCUUCAUACGAGGCGGACGUGCGCAGGAGGUGCUGGCAGACAAGGAGGUGAUUUUGUCGGCGGGCGCCAUCAACUCCCCGCAGAUGCUGAUGCUGUCCGGCGUGGGACCCCGCGACCACUUGGAGAGCCUGGGAAUCCCCGUCGUGCAGGACCUGCCAGCCGUGGGGCAGAACCUGCAGGACCACCCCGCCAUGGGCGGAAUCACUUUCACCGUCAACGAGUCCGUCACCAUCAUCGACAAGAGGGACGCCCUCAACCCGGUCAACUGGCUCGACCUGUUACGUGGCAAAGGGCCUCUCACACUGCCAGGCGGCGCAGAGGCGUUGGCGUUUGUGCGGACGCCGCUGGCGGAGGGCCCGGGCCCUGACGUGGAGCUGGUGAUGGGCGCAGGAGCGCCCUCCGGCGACUCGCUGGGCUUCCUGCGGCGCCUCGUGGGCUGGCGCCGCAACCCGCUGCACGCGCCCGUCCUGCGGGCCAACUACUACGACGACGAGCGGGACCUGCAGGCGCUCGUGCACGGCAUCAAGUUUGCGGCGUCGCUGGGGGAGUCGGGCCCGCUGCGGCGCUACCACAGCCGGCUGCUGCGAGUGCCGGCGCCGGGCUGCGAGCGGGAGACCUUCGGCUCGGACGGCUACUGGGCGUGCGCGGUGCGCCAGCUGGCCUUCAACCUGCACCACCAGGCGGGCACCUGCGCCAUGGGCGCCGUCGUCGACAGCCGGCUGCGCCUGCGCGGCGUGCGGGGCGCGCGCGUCGUCGACGCCUCUGUGAUGCCCGCCGUGCCCUCGGGACACACCGCCGCGCCCGUCUACAUGAUCGCCGAGAAGGCCGCCGACAUGAUCAAGCAGGACUGGGGGCAGCCCGUCCAGUAG